GUUUUCAGGUAUCGGCUGAUGACGUCGUGUUGGAGCUUGGAGCCGACGGACAGGCCCACGUUCAAGACGAUCGGUCAGCUGAUCGAAAGGCUCCUCCCGUCGGCCAAUAAGGCGGCUCCCGGCGAGCAGCCGAUGUACAAAAACAUCGACGAGCGGGGAGAAGACGAAGAGAGCGAGGAAGAGGAGGGCAGGGGCGGAGACUCGCUGAAGGGGGAGGAGCAAGGUUGAGUGUGUCUUUCCUCUCGCCGCGUGUCUUUAACCCUUGUUGAAUCUCGACCGCCGUCUCUGAUUGCGUCUUCGCUCUCCUAUCGCUGCCCCUGCGUCUUGGAACUCGACCGCGGCUGUCACUGAGUGUGUCCUUGCUGCUGCAGAUGGCGGCCAGGAAGGCGAGGAGUCCAUAAAGAUGAUGCAGAUGACCAACAACAUCUACCAGCUUUCCUGAUCCUCUCGUCCAAUCAGCUUUGACUCAUGUUUUCCUUUGUCGUCAUCGGUGAUCUCACACGCACGCACGCACGCACGCACGCACGCGCCACUGCAGAACUACUCAGACAACCAAAGUACGGGAAAAAUAAAUGCAAUUUUCAAGUGCGUUAACUUACAAAUAAGAAAGGAACCUGUUAAGUUAGCCACAUUUACACAGUCGACAUAGCACUUCCUGUAUUGUGCUCUUAUUCUGAAAGACGAAGCGAACCACUUCCCGUAGUGCGAGUCGCUCGCUAGGCCGAACCUUCACGACUCAACAUCACGUCGAACGCUCGCGUCACGCGACAAAUAACGGUGUCGCUACUCGCUUUGUCAUUGACGCACACAGCCACAUAAGUAUGCAUAUCAUAUCAUAUCAUAGAUCAUAAAGCCUCACUAUAUCGUGGAUUGUUCAGUGAUUUGGAAGAGUUUUUUUCACGUGUUUUUACAGUAUACGUGCAUGUCCCAUUUGGGGGUUGGCGCUUUCAGUGUAGUACCACCUUCUGCCACAGCAUGCCGGGCAGCACUGCGCUGUACAGAAUGUAAAUGCAUUGUCAUUAAGAGCAAGAAGAAGCAUAUGUUGCUGCUCUGCGUUGAAGGAGCAGUCGGUUAAAGGUUUAGAAUUAACACAACAUCUAUGCUCGUUUUGCGUUGGCCAGUCUAUGGCGUUUUGCAUUAUAUUUUACCAUUAAGCUAGUGGACUUUUCUUAUUGUUGUACACGGUACACUUCCCUUUCGUUUUACGCAUUAGUUUUAUGUUCAAAUUCAAGUGGGAGUGACAAAUAAACAGCUUGAAACAAGCACGCUUUGCCUCUUAUUCGGAGAAGUGUGCCAGCCAGAGAGUGAAAAUCAAAUGUUCAAGAUGACUUUCAAAAGUACGACAGUGGUGCCUAGAGAUACGAGUGAUAUUUCGAGAUAUGACCUGAGUGACUUUUUGCUUGUUCGGUGUGUUAUUUGUAUUUUUUUUACUUCUACAUUGUUUGGAUUAGAAUUUGUUAUGUUAUGUUUCCUGUUAUGUCUUAUUUUUGUGUGUGUGCCGUGUUCAUAUCUUGUCUGCUCGUUAGGUUUUCAGUUCCACUGUUCCCUGUGUCAACCAAUCGGCUUCCUCCGGCGACUAGUGUCUUGUCCAGGUGUGCCUCGUUGUCUCGUCAAUUGGGUUGGAUUUCCUCGCUCGCUUUCUGUCCCUCAGCGUCGGGUGGUUGUUGUCGUCGCACGUCACGUAGCUUUCCUUGUCACGUUUCCUUAUCGUCUUUGGCGGCGAGUGUUUUGUUUCCUUCCAUUUUUCUUUGUUGCUGCGCACCAUGUUUUUGGGACUUUGAAUUCCGUAUUUUGUCAACGUGCUGUCGUACUUUUUUUUGGCUUUUUCUCCACACCAACGCUACGAAAACCCAAAUCUGGCAAAGUGUCUUCUGUUAACUUCAAGUGUGUUUCAAUCAGUUUAAAUGGGUUGAAAGUGUGUGUGGAUGGAGAAAACAUUUUUUUGUUUGUUUUUCUUCUGGUCGCUCAAUAUUGUGAGUUGGUCUGGAACGUGUAAACACAGCCCCACUGCACUAUAUCAUAUUAUAUUGUACGUGAAGUCUGUCGGUCCGAUGUUGAGCGACGGUUUAUGGAUCGACGCGUGUUUGCUCACGUUGUCCUCUUGUACUUUUCCACCACAUUAAUAAUAAUAAUAAUGCAGAAAUCAUGUGACACUUUUACUGCCACUGGACUUUCUUUCACACGCACGCGCAGGGAGGAGUGAAAAAACCCCCAAAACAUUUGUGUGUGAUCAGCAUGACGUGUUUUCUGCUCAGUUAUAAAAAGUCGCCAAAAGUUCUCGCGUGCUCAAAACCUUUGGACGGAAAAGAGCUCAAGGAUGCGAGUGCGCGGCGCUGCUUCUUCCGUCAACUUCCUGCUGGUGGCGCUGUGCGUGCUGCUGAUGCUGUGCUGCGCCGCGCUGACGGCGUUGAUUUGGGCGGACACUCGGCCAGCAGAUGAAGACGCGCCGGCGUCGGCGCUGAGCGGCGAGAUGGCGAUCACGCGCGGUGCCGAGUUCAGCCGGGAUCUGCGGAACCAGAGCAGCGUGGCCUUCAAGUCGCUGGCCUUCGACGUCCAGCGCCUGGUGCGCGAGGCGUUCGGGCGCGGUGGGUUCAGGCGGCGCUUUGUGUCGUGCGACGUCAUCAGAUUCGCUCAGGGCAGCGUGCUGGUGACCUUUGACCUGUGGUUCACGCAGCCGGUGGACAGCCGGGAGGCGGAGCGACAGAUGAAGGCGGGCUUGGAGGAGAGCGGCGGAUUGGUCGUCGACCGAGACAGCCUCCGCGUCACGGAGAAACACCAGGAGGCGACCACCACCACAAACUUGACGCCGCAGAUGCCAACCACACCUGUCACAAUCGCGUGCCCUCCUUACCACGCCUCCUGCGACCACUCGUCAACGUGUGUCCAGACGCACCGCCUGUGUGACGGCGUCGACGAUUGCGCCGACGCUUCUGACGAAGACGCCGCCCGCUGCGCAACGGCCUGCGACGGACAGUUCGUGCUGCGCGGGCCGACGGGAUGGUUGGCCUCGGCCGCGAACGGCAGCUUCUGCCGCUGGAUCGUCAGGGUCCAAAGUGGAUUUUCGGUUCAGGUCAACUUCCACAAGUUCGAAAGCCGAGAGAACGUCGACAUUGUGAGACUUUACGAAGGAGUCGGUGCUGAGAAGAAGAUGGCAGCUGAGAUCUCGGGCGCCAACCCUCCCGGGACCGUGUGGCUGCUGACCGACCAAUCCACCAUCGAGUUUUCCACGGACAAUUUUGAUGGUGUGUCAGAAUUCAAUGCCACCUUCAGUGCCAGCAACCUGUCGGGCCUCACCGAUUCAGAGAAGCUGUCGUGCACAUUUGAGCGCGGACUUUGCUUCUGGAGGCAGGGACACAAAGACGACGGCGACUGGCUUCGAAACAGAGGCGCCACAUUCCCGCCUCUCAGCGGCCCGAGUGUAGACCACACGCUGGGAAACAUGUCUGGUUUUUACUUGGUCACCCCUCUGAGUCCCGGCCAAUGGCUGAAGAGCUUCAGAAUCUACAGUCUGCCUCUGACGCCGCCCAACCGUCCCAUUUGCCUGCGUUUCUGGUAUCACAUGUUUGGAGAAGAUGUCCACCGUCUUCAGGUGUUGCUGCAUAGUGCGUCUCCAGGCGCCGUCCCCACGGUGGUGUUCCACAGGGACGGUAACUAUGGCGACAACUGGAACUACGGACAAGUGCUCCUUAACUUCACCUACGGCACGCAGGUUGUGUUCGAAGCUCUGAAGAGAGGUGGGAUGAGGAAUGACAUCGCGUUAGAUGACAUCACAUUGAUGUCCGAGCCUUGUGGCCCUGCCCCCCCUGAACCCACCCUGGUGCCCACUCCUACUCCUGCGCCCACCAUUCCAGCUGACUGCGGAGGUCCUUUCGACAUGUGGGAGCCAAACUCCACCUUCAACUCGCCAAAUUACCCACAAUCCUACGGGAACAGAGCUCGCUGUGUGUGGACGCUCCACACUGUCCCAGGUCGAAACAUCCAAGUCCACUUCCUGGACUUUGAUGUUGAAGAAAACUACGACAUGGUGGAGGUGCGCGACGGGGUGGGGCCCAACUCCACCUUACUGACCGUUCUCACUGGCACCGGUGUCCCCGACCAUGACUUGAUUUCAACAACCAAUCAGGUGACAGUCUGGUUCUUUACGGAUAGUUCCGGCUACGGACGAGGGUUCAAAGCCAACUUUACCUCCGGGGUCAGCUUGGGGUCUCCAGAGCCGUGUCCCGCAGACGAGUUCCAGUGUCAGACAGGCAGCUGUAUCCAUGGAAACCAUCAGUGUGAUGGAACGGUUGACUGUGGCGAUGCUUCAGAUGAAGCUAACUGUGUUGUGUUGAAGGUGAACUCUUCCAGUCGUCUCCAGUUUCAGAUCGCUUCCUCUCGGUUCACCGUGUGUGCAGACACCUGGACCCCACGCCUGUCUCACUUCACCUGUCAGUACCUGGGAUACAGGUCCGGCGAGGCCGCUCUGCUGCCAGCCUUACCAGUCGAUUCACCCUUCACCUUUGUCAAAGUCACCAGUAAUGGAAGUCUGGAAUCCAGCGUGAGUGACCGUUGUGUCAGCGACCACGUGAUUUCACUCCACUGUGACAACCAGCCCUGUGGAGCUCGUUUAGUCGCCCAUGACACCGUGGACCACUCAGCAACCAGAGACGAGGUCAGAGUGGUGGGUGGGUCAGAUGCAGCAAUAGGGGCGUGGCCGUGGAUGGUGUCGCUGCAUUGGAAUGGUCGCCACGUGUGCGGUGCCACGUUACUUGGUCGCCAUUGGCUGCUGACUGCCGCCCACUGUGUGUACGGGAAGGACCGCCCCCUGAGCCGGUGGUCCGCCAAGUUGGGUCUUCAGGCUCAGAGCCACGCCGGGGACGCAAACUCGUUCCAAAUUGAUGGCGUGUUCAUCAACACGCACUACAACAGACUCAGCAAACAGGCCGACAUCGCCAUGAUGCGCCUCAGCACGCCCGCCAACUUCACUGAUCUGAUCCAGCCAGUGUGUUUACCUGAAAAUGGUCAAGAGUUCCAAGCGGGGAGGAAAUGUUGGCUCGCUGGUUGGGGGAGACAGGCCGAGGAGGGUUCUCUCCCAGACAUCCUGCAGGAGGCCAAGGUUCCCCUGGUGGACCGGGUCUGGUGCCAACGCGCCUUGGCCGAAUACACCAUCACGUCCGACAUGCUAUGUGCGGGCUUCCCGGAGGGCGGCGUCGACUCGUGUCAGGGCGACUCCGGUGGUCCGCUCAUGUGUGAGGAGGAGGGACGCUGGACUCUGAUUGGCGUCACGUCCUUCGGGAUCGGUUGCGGUCGGCCCGACCGGCCCGGCGUCUACGCCAGAGUGUCGGCCUUCGUCGCUUGGAUCGCAGAAACGCGACGCUCCUCAUCCUCAUCUUGAGAUUGUUCUCCUCCUUUGACUUGUCUUCCUCCUCCUCUUCACUGACCUCUUUGUUCUUUUCCUCCACCACCACUCCUCCCUCCUCCUUCUACACAUCAUCCCCCCUGCACCACGACCUCUUCAUGCUUCGACUCGUCUUCUUCCUUCUACCCACCUUUCUUCUCCUCCACCUCCUCAUCUUCUUCCUUUUCUUCCUCUCCUUUCCCUGCAGCACCACCUCUUGCUCCUUCUACUCAUCUUCACCCUCCUCUUCCUUUUUUCCUCUUUUUCUUCCUUCUCCUCUUAUUACUCUUUCUACUUCUCUUCCUAGUCUUCUUGUCAAGACCAGUUGAUUUGUUUCGCCCUCAAUCCCAAAAGAGCCUCAAUAGGCUUCACAGGCCCAGAGUUGUCAAUGAUUGACGACAUCCCCUAAGCUAAACCCCCAAUCGGGCAAGGAAAAACUCAAAACCGCAUUUGGGGGGAAGAGCGACCUUGAGAAGGAACCGCAGAUGGGGAGAUGCCCCUUCCAGGAUGACCAGGUUGCAAUGGAUGUCGAGUGGGCAACAUUUGUCACAUGGUAUGGUGCUGUACAAUGUUGUACAUUAAGAUGGCAUUCGAGUCUAUUUAAAGAGAAAAGGUGCCGCAGGUAGACGCCGUCGGUGGUUCUGCCCGGUCGGUCGGAGCAGAAUCCUCCGUUGGAACGACUCCGGGGGAAGCGGUCCACCUCAGAUCUCGUCCCAGUCGGUCGGUGUAGCACCCAAACAGCAACAGCCUCGGAUUCAGAUUCUUCGAGCAGGAGACGAGGGGGGAGGGGAUAUGACAAGCGGCAGUAAAACAGGCCAAGGUGUACUUUAACUACAGUAAAUGCCAAAGAGUAGAAAUAAGUCUUAAGUCGAGAUUCUACUGAGGUCGCAGCGCUAAUAACCACGGGGAGGGCAUUUCAGAGUACUGGAGCCCCCAUCAAAUGCUCCCAUCUACUCCUCUUGCUUCUCCUCUUCCACCUCCUUUUCUUCCUCCACCUCUCCCUUUUCCUCCUUCUACUCCUCUUCCUCCUGCUCUUACACCUCCUCCUCUUUAUUCACCUCUUCUUUCUCUUCUCCCUCUUCCUGUUUCCCUUGCUCCUCUUGCUCCCUGUGAAGGCCGGGACGACUGAUGACAUCACCCAGCUUCAGCUGCUCUGAUUGGCCGCGGUGCAGAAUCCACGUGCACAAAGUUGUUAUUUUAUCAUAUUACUGUUUUCUUUCUCACUGACUGAGUGUGUAGCGACACACACACACACACGCACACAGAAUAGAGUUUGUGGGUGGAGUCCGGAGUCGAGAGGACUUGUCGGUUGCGUGUGAACACGCACACACUCACGCACACACCGAGAGUCAGUCGCCGGGAGAUGAAGACGUGAAGAAGACAUGAACGCAUGACGACGUGAACCCGUGAAGACAUGACGACAUGGACUUGUUAGUGUGCACGGUGUUCAUUGUGUUUGCGCGCGCCGCCGCCCUCAGCACACACGGCACAGGUAACCACAAAUACUACUAACACUACGAGUCGUACUCCACAAAUUGCCAUUGAUUGAACUUGACUCCUCCAUUUUGCACGUCAAAAGAAAAUGUGCUUACCGUGCUUACAUCAUUCAUGUGGAGUGCAAAUAUGUAUUUUGAUAGGAUGAUGAAGUUGCCUAAAGCUGUAAGAAUGUGUUAUGGGGUGUGCAUGUGUGUUGAAUUCUCUUGUGAUUUUAGCUUGCCAGACCUUGAAAAGGCUGACGAGAUGGAAGAGGACACUUAAUCAUCUAGUUUUCUUGGGCUUUAUUUAACACUUGAACUAUUUACAGGAGCUUUAGAUUAGGUUGCCCACCUCAAAUCAAAGACAGACACAGAAAAUAGACAGAAUGACUUCUCAGGCCGAGCGUUGUCCAGUACUCGGUGAAUAACAAUUUCCAUCGAACAGAACAGCUUCAGUCUACAUGACAAACAAAAGACUCCAUAAAUCAUAGUCAUCACAUACCAGUGGCGUCUGCGAUCUUCUCUAGUAAGAAACAAGAAGGAGUCUUCGUAGCGUUCCAACAAGUUUCCAGGCCGCAAAUCAUGUGCUGGAAAGUCUUUUCUCUGACAGCUGGAAAAGUUAUCAAUGAGGUGAAGGUGAUUGAUUGUGUUUGUCAUUUGAAAAAGUCAUCAUAGAUCUAUGAUGUGAUGGAUUGUGUUUCUCUUUUUUUUUUUUUUAAACAUAAUUCCUCAAUGACGUGAUGGAUUAUGUUUCUCAUGGGAAAAAAAUAUUGAUCAAUGAUGUAAUGGGUUGUGUUUCUCUUUUUUAAAAAAAGAUAAUUGACCAAUGA